CGGCUCCAGGAGGGCCGUGGCUGACUUGGAGACCAGGCUGGUGGAGCGGGAGCAGCUCCUGGAGCAGGAGCGCCGCCGCGCCGCUGCCGAGCGCAGCCGGGCGGGAUUCGCUGCGGGAGGCGCUGGAGGAGCAGCGGCAGCUCUCGGCUCAAGCUGCUGGCCAUGGAGAGGGCGGCGCUGGACGAGGCCAAGGGCGCGUGGCUGCAGGAGCAGCAGGCGGAGCUGCGCGGGCGCUCCGAGGAGCGGCGGCGGCUGGCGGCCGCCUGGGCCGAGCUCCGCUCGCGGGAGAGCCUGAGCCGGGAGCGGGAGGAGCAGGACAAGGAGCGCGCCCUGGGCGUGGACGCGGCGCUGAGGAGCCUGGCCAAGGAUCAGGCAGAGCUGAAGUUCCGGAGCCGGGAGCUGAGAUCCAAGGAGGAGCAGCUGGCCAGGGACAGGGAGGAGCUGGACGAGGCCUGGCGGGAGCUGAGGCUGGAGAAGGAGAAGGUUCUGAGGGCCGAGCAGCGCCUGCAGGAGCGGGGAGGAGGAGAUCCGUGACCUGGCUGAGCGCUCGGCGCGGCAGCAGCAGGACGGGCAGCGGGCGCUGCGGGAGGCGCGCAGGGCGCAGCAGGAGCAGCAGCAGCGGCUGCAGGAGCUGCAGGAGCUGCAGGAGCGGCUGCGGCAGCAGGAGCAGCGCCUGACGCAGGGCCGGCGCAGCCUGGAGCGGCAGCGGGAGCAGCUCCGGGAGCUGCAGGAGGAGCUGGGCCCCGGCCUGGGGACAGCGCUGGGGACAGGGACACUGCCAAGG